AUGGACGACUUCCACAACGGGCUGGUGGAGAAAAUAAUAAAAGAACUAGACAGUGCUCUUGCUAAAUCACCGCUAACCGAGUUUGAUAUCGUGCCCGUGGAGUCGACAAAGAACAAGACUCCGGUGUUGUAUGUGAACUCUUCUGUGGCUUUGGAAUCGUGGUGUGUGAAGCAUGUGUACAACUACUGCUACGGGGAUCUAAUUGAGGAUUUCCUGACGCACCCAAAGCGGCGCCUCAGUCGGGUAUCAGGCCUGACCUACAAGAGAAUCAUGUUACUUUUAAACCCUACACUUCUGAUCAAUCCUGAUGUUACUACAUUGUGGAAUAAGAGAAGGGAGUUGAUGUCUAAAAGAUACCUCGACUGGGUUGCGGAGAUGACGUUUACAAGACUAGUGCUUUCACGGAAACACAAGUGUAAUGAUGCUUUCUCAUACAGGAGAUUUGUGAUAGAGCAUGUGAUGAGAGAGACUCCUGAGCGCCCACCUCACUUUGUGAGUACUAUAUUGGAAGAUGAAUUUGAUGUUUGUACCAUGACUGCAGACAAGUGCGCAAAUAACUACCACAGUUGGGAUCAUCGUAGGUGGACAUCGGAGUUUGCCUGGAAGUACAGGGCUGAGGUUGACAGCACUCUUAUUUUCUACAAUGAAUACAAGUUCAUUGUGGGUUGGACAGCCCGCCAUGUUUCAGAUUACAGCUGCUUUCAUUACCGCCAACAUUGUUUGAAAAAGCUUAACUUAUUAGAUGAAAGAUGGCCAGUGUUUGAGAAAAUGCUUGAGGCAGACUUACGUGAGAAUGUUCAGAAGUUCAUAGAAGCUAGUGAUCCAGCUCAGAAAAAUAGCAAAAGUUUUAAGAAGACUAUUGAGGACGAAGAUAUAAUUGCUAAUCUGUUUGACUAUGCUCCCAACGAGUGCAGAUGCUACACUAAAUCCUAUGAAACUUGUCGAAAAUUAGAAAUUUACAUUUAUGAACUGACACAAAACACUGACUUUUUGAAGUAUUACAAAUAUCAUGAGGCUCUUUGGUAUCAUCGACGAUUUGUAGUGAGCGAGAUUUUAACUACCAUGUAUGACUUCUUUGAAAUAGAGCGGGUCAAUGGAAAAUUGGCAAGAAAGAAAUUAGCGCCAGAACAGCUGGAAGCAUUGCAGAAUUGCAAAAAAUGCGGCAAUAGAUAUUCUGAUGUUGCAAACAAAGAAUUAGACUGGGUGUACCACUGCCCCCUAUUCAAAUUUUUGAUUCAGCAUGAGAAGGCAGUGGUGGCUGACAGGCGAAAGGAUAUGGACAGGCAUGCCGGCAGACACGAGAAUUAUCUCAAGUGUGUACAUGGCCUAGCCGCACAUUAUUAA